CUAAACGCUUUUGUACACCUGAACAAAUAUUUUGGCUAAUACAUCAUAAAGUUUGAAAAUCGAUUGCUGCUUUUUCGUUAGACUCACAAACUGUGACAACAAUGCAGUUGGUUUACAUCUUUAUAUUUUUGACUGUUAAAGGGUUGCUUGGUAUAUCUUGUGAAACGAACAAGGAGAAGGUAUUGAGGAUAUUGAAAAAAGUGACUUCCAUUGACGAAUUCAGACGACAAUUCAACAUUAAUAACUCAGCUAACUCCGUGGAAAAAAGAGGUUCAAACGCAUUUUCUAAUGUGCAAGGAAUACCUUUUGCAAAUGCUUCGCUACAAAAAUGUGAACCGAGAUCAAAAGUAAUUGAGAUACCAAAUGCUAAUCGUGCACUAUAUGCCUACUACCCAGAAUGCAUUAUUGUAAAACGCUGCGGAGGGUGCUGUUCACCUGAGAGAACUUGUGUAAUGAACACGACGUCAACGCAAUCCGUGAUGGUGUAUCGAAUAUCUUACUUUGAUGGUGUUCCAUCUCCACAUCAAGUUGAUUAUAUUAAUGAUGAGAAAUGCCGAUGUGAAUGUAAACGGAAACCUUCUGAUUGCACUGGACAAAAAACACUGGAUCCUAACAGUUGUCGAUGCUCAUGCAAUGUAAAGUCACCAAAAUGUCCAAACAAGAAAAAGUGGUCCACUCUAGACUGUGAUUGCAUUUGCAGCAAAAUUGAUAGUUGUGUUGGUGCAAACUUUACAUGGAAUAAAAACACAUGCCAAUGUGAAUGCGCAACGCAAUCUUGUCCUACUGGAAUGAAAUUUGAUGCUGCUUCAUGCGCAUGCGUAAAAGGAUAAUCCUAUCGACCAGAAAUGUAAAUUGUAAAUAUACAUAGAUACAUUAUGACAAAAAAUAUCUAUACUCCA